AUGAAAUGGAUUGCUGGGGCAAAGUAUCUAUCUCCGCCUAUUGAACAAGCUGACCUUGUGUCUACCAUCAUCCAACAUUACCCCACGCCACUAGGAAUGGCUAUCCGUGGUCGAGGCCCUCGUGAUACAAACGAGUUGCUAUCGGUGUUAAAAGAAUUUGAGGAGUCUGCCUCAUUUUGUGAACGACGUCGUGAGGAAAACAAUACCCGACCACCCUUUCAACACCAGGCCGACGUAAAUCAACAGCCCCGGAACAAUUUCCGACGAGACAAUAAUAACAGGUAUCAACCUCGUGCACCGGUUCAGGAAAGUGCCGUACCUCGACCAGUGACCCAGAUUAAUGUCUCGGGAAACGCUGACGAGGCUCGUGCGUAA